AUGAUCACAAUUUCGGUCAUCAGAGCCGAUGAAGAAAUGUCGGACAUGUCUGCCGAACAAACUCCUCAUAUCAUGAAAGGCGAGGAAUCCAAUGAACAAAUGAAAGCCGAGGAGUCGGACUCAUCGACCGAUUCUGCACUUCUAUCUGAAGAGACGACUCAAACCUAUCUACUGAUGGAAGAGGUGGACAAUACGAGCGAAGAACCCAAUGAACAGUCGACCACUGAAGCCAUGCCCGAAGAGUUGAUAACAUCUGAAUACAACGGAUUGGAUGACAAACAGAGCUCUUCAUCGUUCAGUUGUUUCGGGCGAUCGUUUGGUCAGUACGCGGAUGUGUCCAAAGAGUGUCAUGUGUUUCAUCUAUGCUAUCCUUUCUUCAACUCCUCAUCGGAUGAGCUCUUAUACCAAAGAAUCACAUUUCUCUGCGACGACGACUCGGUCUUCGAUCAAAAGCGGUUCAUAUGUGUCGACAACUCGACGGUUGAGCACAAGUGCACCGACUCUGAGGGCCUCUACACGACAUCAAACCAGGAAUACCUGAUCCGUGUCUUCUCGCAUGCGAAACACUAUUAG